GCACUCCAUCCAGUUGGUGCCUGACUAUCGUGUUCACCACCAGGCACCCUACAGACUCUCGAUCCCGAGGCCACCGAACUCAAGCGUCAGUUUGAGGAGCUCAUGAGACUGGGUUUUAUUAAACCCAGUAACUCCCCGUGGGGUGCAACCGUCCUCUUUGCUCGCAAAGCGGAUGGAACUCUCAGUCUCUGCAUCGACUAUCGCGGCCUCAACCGCUACACGGUGAAGAACAGUUACCCCAUGCCUCGUUCCGACGAGUUGUUCGACCACCUAGCAGACAACCGCUUCUUUACGAAGAUUGAUCUUCGUAGCAGUUACCAUCAGAUCCGCAUCGCUGCAACAGACCAGCAAAAGACAGCGUUCCGAUCAUGCUUCGGCCACUACGAGUUUAUUGUGAUGCCAUUCGGCCUCACCAACGCACCCGCUACCUUCCAGAGGGCGAUGAACGACAUCUUCAGGGACAUCCUGGAGCAGUACGUUCUCGUCUACCUCGACGAUAUCCUGGCAGUAGCAGAGUUCCGUGACCAGGCAGCCGCCAGUCAUAUGGGCUUCCACAAGACGUUGGCUCGUGUGAGCCGCCUGUACGUCUGGCCGAAGCGCAAGGACUUUGUGAAGGACUACGUCGUAGAGUGUCCUACCUGUAAGGAUGUGAACAGUGCGAACCACUUGCCUUAUGGUUUGCUCCGACCUCUUCCUAUCCAUGAGGGUCGUUGGCAAUCCAUCUCGAUGGACUUUAUCGGUCCUGUUCGUCCUCCGACCCCCCGAGGUCAUGAUGAUAUCCUGGUCGUUGUCGACCGCUUUACAAAGCGUGCACGCUUUGUUCCGUGCCGCUAUGCCAUCAGUGCAUGUGAGGUCGUCGACAUCGUGUUUGACCGAGUUGUGCGUGACCACGGCUUACCUCUGAGCAUCAUAUCGACUGUGACCCGCGCUUUACCAGCCGAUUUUGGCGACGGCUCCACAAGGUUUAUGACACCCAACUUUGCUUCUCCUCGUCUUACCAUCCCCAGACUGAUGGUCAGACCGAGGUCAGUAAAGUCUUGGGUUGUCUUGAGCGGGACCGGGCCGGGAGAAAAUUGGGCGGCAAAGGAAAAGGGGAAGAGGGAGCGAAGGGGCUACGGGCCCUUAGUGUAAAACCGGACCAUGAGGGAGACCUUUGUGCUUAAGACUUGGAAUGUGAAACAAAAGAAAGGGAUGAGG